AUGGCUGCUGCCACAUACCGCGCCACCGCUCGCCAUCCAUCCUCCUCCCCUGUGUCCUCUCUCUGCCCCUCCAAAGCCUCCCCCUCCUCCCUCCCGUUUCCCCUUAGACCAUGCCCCAAUCAGCCCCUCCUCCGCUCCCACCUCCGCCUGUCCUCUUCCGCAUCCGUCGCUGCUGCUUCCUCCUUCGCCGAACUGCCUUACCCUUCGUCUGACGAUGUUUUCGCCUUUGAUGACAAGCCCCGCGAGGAGUGCGGCGUAUUCGCCAUCGUCGGCGACCCGGAGGCCGCCCAGAUGUGCUACCUGGGCCUGCACGCCCUCCAACACCGCGGCCAGGAGGGCGCUGGAAUCGUCUCCUCUGACGGCGCGUCGCUCCACUCCUGCACCGGCCUUGGCCUCGUCUCCGAGGUCUUCUCCCACACCUCCAAGCUCGAGCCCCUCGUCGGUUCCGCAGCCAUCGGCCACAACCGCUACUCCACCGCCGGCGCAACCUCCGCCCUCGCCAACGUCCAGCCCUUCGUCGCCAGCUACCGCUUUGGCCAGCUCGCCGUCGCCCACAACGGAAACCUCGUCAACUACCACUCGCUUCGUUACGAGCUCGAGUCCAGAGGGUCCAUCUUCAGCACCACCUCCGACACCGAGGUCAUCCUCCACCUCAUCGCCACCUCCACCACCCGCCCCCUCCUAGCCCGCAUCAUCGAGGCCUGCGAGUCCCUCGAGGGCGCCUACUCCCUCGUCUUGCUCACCGCGGACAAGCUCUUCGCCGUCCGCGACCCCCAUGGCUUCCGCCCCCUCGUCAUGGGUCGCCGCCCCAACGGCGCCAUCGUCUUCGCCUCCGAAACCUGCGCCCUGGACCUUAUCAGCGCCGAGUACGUGCGGGAGGUGAACCCCGGAGAGGUGGUCGUCGUCGACGGCCACGACAUGUCCAUCAUCACCUCCUGCCUCUUGCCCAAGAAACCCCGCAAAGGUUGCGUCUUUGAGCAUGUCUACUUCGCCCUCCCCAACUCCGUCGUCUUUGGUCACCCGGUCCACGCUUCGCGCUACAACUUCGGUGCAGCACUUGCCCGCGAGUCCCCUGCACCAGGCGCCGACAUCGUGAUUCCGGUCCCGGACUCCGGAUUCUUCGCUGCGCUCGGCUUCGCCGAGGCCUCCGGCUUGCCCUUCCGGCAGGGCCUUAUUCGCUCCCACUACGUAGGCCGCUCCUUCAUCGAGCCAAAUCAGGAAGAGCGCAACCUCGCCGUCAAGCUCAAGCUCGCACCGGUCUAUGGCAUCCUCGAAGGCAAGAGCGUCGUCGUCAUCGACGACUCAAUUGUGCGGGGAACCACCUCGUCCAAGAUCGUCCAACUCAUUAAGAACACCGGAAAAGCUCGGGAGGUCCAUAUGAGGAUCGCCAGCCCACCCAUCAUCAGCUCCUGCUACUAUGGCGUCGACACACCGAGGGCCGAGGAGCUGAUCUCCAAUCGUUUGGACGUCGAGGGUGUGAGACGAGCAAUAGGGAGUGACUCCCUCGCCUUUCUCUCGCUCGAGAGCUUAAGGGUAGCAUUUGGGAAGGAAGGCCACAUGUUCUGCGAUGCGUGCUUCACUCGCAGAUAUCCAGUGCUUCCAAGGGAGCACGAGGCCGUGAACGUGGCGGAAGAGUGAGGCUUUACGCUUCUCUGUUGAGAUACCAAUUCUAUCCGAAGUCAUACAUCCAAUAUGGAAGAAGCUCAAAAGAUUUUGAUUUACUUACAUUUUCUUUUGGUUUUAGUUUUCAUCUUCUACUCUUUCUAUCUGUUCAAUUCGAAUAUGAUAUAUUGGCAUUAUAGUUCGAAGGGAAUGGAACAAUUCUUUAAUGUUAGUUUCAAAUCAUCAAAGUAAUUUAGUGGAUUGAAGAGGAA